UGUUACUGCUGAGUCUCAGUGCUGCAGUUGUUCUCCGUGUAACGGGACAGAGGUGAAUUAUCCCAGCUCACAUGCCGUAUGCGCGCAACUACGAGGAAUUAAAAUGAAUAUUCAAAAACGGCCGUGGACUAAACAGCGCUGAACAACAAUCGAGCCAUCUUUCUUAACCAAACGCGAGCAUAUUUUUGUUUUUGGAGCUUUUAGUACUUUUUUUUUUUUUUUUUUUUUUUUUUUUUUUUUGAAGAGGAGUUACGAUUCAGUUUGGAAUAACUUUGUUGGAGUUACUCUGCAACUUUGUCACUACUGCAAAACCAUAACCUUUCAGGAUGGAUGACGGACAAUGCUACUACAACGAAACCAUAGCCUUUUUUUACAAUCGUAGUCAGAAGUAUCUGGCCACAGAAUGGAAUGCUGUAAGCAAGCUAGUGAUGGGACUUGGGAUUACAGUAUGUAUUUUUAUCAUGCUGGCUAACCUGCUCGUGAUGGUGGCCAUCUACAUCAACCGCCGAUUUCAUUUUCCAAUCUACUAUCUAAUGGCUAACCUAGCAGCUGCGGACUUCUUUGCAGGACUUGCCUAUUUCUACUUGAUGUUUAACACGGGACCCAAUACGAGAAGGCUUACAGUCAGCACGUGGUUGCUUCGCCAAGGCCUCAUCGAUACAAGCCUAACAGCCUCAGUUGCUAACUUGUUAGCUAUAGCCAUUGAGCGCCACAUAACUGUGUUCCGCAUGCAGCUCCAUACCCGCAUGAGCAAUCGACGAGUAGUUGUAGUUAUUGUCAUCAUCUGGACCAUGUCUAUCAUCAUGGGCGCCAUUCCUAGCGUGGGCUGGAACUGUAUCUGUGCCAUAGAUACUUGCUCCAACAUGGCCCCCCUCUACAGCAACUCCUACUUGGGCUUCUGGGCGAUCUUCAACCUGGUGACCUUCGUGGUGAUGGUCGUUCUUUAUGCCCACAUAUUUAUGUACGUACGACAGCGAACGAUGAGGAUGUCCCGGCACAGCUCAGGUCAACGGCGAAACAGGGACACUAUGAUGAGCUUGCUGAAAACGGUCGUGAUUGUACUGGGUGCUUUUAUUGUGUGCUGGACGCCUGGUUUGGUGCUUCUCUUGCUGGAUGUGGUCUGCUCCAAAUGCAAUGUCCUGACCUAUGAGAAAUUCUUCCUCCUUUUAGCGGAAUUCAACUCUGCCAUGAACCCUAUCAUAUACUCCUACCGGGACAAGGAGAUGAGCAUCACAUUCAAACAGAUCCUGUGCUGUCAACGCCAGGAGAAUGUGAACGGUACUGCAGAGGGUUCAGACCGAUCCGCGUCUUCCAUCAACCACACGGUCCUGAGCGGGGCUCACCAUAACGACCAUUCAGUGGUCUGAGCUUCAACAGGGGCCAGGAUCUACAUAGUAUAAGUGAGCAGAGACUGUGAAAAAGGCAUUUUCAUCAACAAAAGACUUGUGCUUAUGAAGUUUUCUGUGCUUUUUCUGUCUUUAUAAUGUUUUGACAAUAUAUUGAACUAUUUAAAGGCUAAUCCAAGAGGAUUUAAGUAGCCAGUUUAACACAAAUCGUAUUUGUUCCUGUAAUACCUUAAGUAUGGAAAAAGUUUGGUAUCUUGGCUAGUUGUAAUUUUUUGGCCAGAUUGUUGUAAAUCAAGGAGUUUUUAGUCUUGUACAGCAGGUGUUGAAGUAAAGAACGUAGUGAAGUGUCCAUUGAAUCUGCACUAGAAAGAAAGAGUGCACGUAAGGGACCACUGGGAAAUAAUUUUGGUGAACUAUGCGAAGUACUUGAUUUUGUUUUGUUUUUUUUGUUUCUUUUUUGCAGUUUAUUUUGCACUGCAGGUUCAUCCCUAUGAUAUCAAACUGCCACCAAAUAUUAUACCCCAAAAAUAUGUCUUUUAGCCAAUUGAUUUAGGGGUCCAGGGGGCUUAAAAUGUAGAUGAAUGCUUGAAUUUGAACAUAAGGACCAUUAAAUAUUUAUGUGAAGCUGGGUAAACAUACUGUACCUCAGUAACUUGAAAGAGCUUGAUUUACACAACUUAACUUUAUAUUUUUCCUGAUACAAAAAAAUGCAUGUUCUAUUGGUUAUAGCAUUCCCAGUAAUUUGCAAUAGGGAUCAACAUCUGUGCCUUAUUACUACUAUUAUAAAAAUAAAAAAAUUAAACUCUGACAGCUUUUUAUGAAUUAUAUUCAGUUUUUAAUUGAAUAUUCUGUAUAUUCUUUUAAUUGAUAUUCUGUACACAUUUCUAAAACAUAUAAGACAAAAUAAUAGUACAAAUGAAGAAUAUUUUUAUGGAUGUUCAAUUUGUGGCUGAUUCAUUGAAGUGAUGCAACAUAUCUUGUGUCAUGGCCAGAACCAAAAUGAAAUGUCAAAAAAAAAUCUUUUGGUUCAACAUGAUGGAAAAUAAAUUAUCAAAAAUAGUCUUUACUUCAUAUACCAACGUAUGUACGUAUGUAUAUAAUAAGUGUAUAUAUUCAUAUGUUAGUCAAAAAGGGAAUGUUUAUUGUUUAAAGUUAAAACAUUUGAACCAAGGUAUAACUAUUUUUAAAUAUUUUUUUGGUUCUUCUUUUUUUUAAAUCUACUUUCAUCAUACAAAAUAACAUUUUUGGCCAAACAUGGAAGGACAAGUGUUUUAAUAUACAUACAGUGGCCUGAAAAAGUAUUUGAAUGUUUAAUGAUAAAUAUGAUACUUUAUUUUACUGUCCUACAUGUUACAUGUACUACUAUAGUAAUAACAGUGUAUUAUGCGUAAUUACAUGCAACUAGCCCUAAAUCAAACCCUAUUCCUAAUGCUAACCCUAUAGUAAGUGUAUGUUAACUCAGUACUUAAAUGUAUAAUUACACGGUUACAAGGACACCAAAUAUAAGUAUGUAUAAUUUACUGUUGUUACUAUAGCAAGUACAUAUAUGUGUAACAAAGAAAUAAACUGUAAAAUAAACUGUUAACCAAGAAAUACUCAGAAAAAAAAAUGAUGUAAUAAAACUCAUUCAUUGUAAAUGUGACUUGUAACUGUCCAAAAUUUGUCGGGGCCACUGUAGGAAAGUUCAUAAUAUAAUUCUAACAUCUGUGAAAUUAACAGUUUUAUAUGUUGUAUUGUUUAUAAGCGGGAACGCUUUUCAUGAAAUAACCUCCAGUUUAAAACUGAUGAGUGUUGUAGCAAAAGGAUUUUCCUUUUGAACCCUAUAACAUUUUGAACUUAAUGACAGUAUUGCUUUAAUGUUAAAAAAGGCACCGUUUGUAAUGAGUAUGAACUUUCCACUUUAAUAUGGCUGAAAUUUGAAGAUUUGCACUCUGUAGACGAAUGGAGGAUUAUUGGCUGAGAUCAUAUAAUUUUAAAACAUAUCAGUAUUACCAGUUGUCAUAAAAAUAAAUAAAUACUAACAUUGUUAUUAUCAAUUGUUAUUAUCAAUUGAUCAAGUGUAAACAUUUGAGUUUCUUGACAACUUUUCAUGUUAUUUGUCUUAGCAGGAAAACAACCUAUAAAACCUCUUUAUUUUUUUAACCAAGUUGCAAAUGUUUCAACAUUUUUGCAAGUCUUACUCUGUUGCGAAAGCAAGUUUGAAGCAGUCCAGUGCUCCAAAUGACGUCCAUCCAGAAGAGACAGCUGUGCUUGACGGGUCAUGGGCCACAGGUUCAUUCUGGGUUGAAAAACGACUAUGUUUCCUGUUCAUUUCAGCAAAUGUGACCAUAUUCAAAACAUAUGCUUGGUUUUUACUUGUUCUCUUAAUGAAGUCUGAGCUCUGAAAUCCUGUAUGAUAACAUUCACUUAACAAUGUCAUUCAAUUAGUGAACCUUCUUAAAAUAAAUCUGUAUAUGAGUCAAA